AUGUUAUUCGCGGAUGACAGUUUGUUCUUCUGUCGGGCCACAAAGGAGCAAUGUGAGGUGGUUUUGGGGAUUCUCCAACAUUAUGAACGGGUUUCUGGUCAGCAAAUCAACUUUCAGAAGUCUUCUGUUCAAUUUCGACAUACGGUGGAUGUUGAUCUCAGGGAGGAAUUAAAGGGGGUCUUAGGUAUUACAAAUUUAGGUGGAAUGAGUUCUUAUCUGGGAAUCCCGGAAAGUUUAGGUGGAUCUAAGACGAAAAUAUUUUCGUUUGUCCAAGACAAGCUGCAAGCACGGGCCAGUGGGUGGCCAGCGAGAUUGUUAUCCAAAGGGGGGAAGGAGGUUAUGAUUAAAUCGGUCGCUACGGCGGUUCCUACCUUUGUAAUGUCGUGUUUUCGUCUCCCAAAGACGGUUACGAAGAAGCUAACAAGCGCCAUUUCGAAUUUCUGGUGGAGCUCGUCGGAGCAAACACGGGGCUACACUGGAUCACCUGGGAUAAACUAUGUUGCGGGAAAGAUGCGGGGGGUUGGGUUUUCGGUGUUUGGAUGA